GUGAUUUGCGACAGAAGGAUAGCUGCAAGAGUGAAAGGGAAGGUUUACAAGAUGGUAGUGAGACCAUCUGCUAUGAUGUAUAGUUUGGAGACAGUGGCACAACUAAAAAGACAGGAGGAAGAGCUGAAGUUUGUUGAGAUUAUCAAUGGGAGGGACCAGGAUGGACAAGAGUAGUAAUGAUGAGUACAUCAGAAGGACAGCUCAGGCUGAUUAGUUUGAAGAAAAGGUUUGAGAGGCCUGGUUGAGACGCUUUGGACAUGUGCAGAGGAGGGAUGGUAGAUAUACUGUCCAAAGGAUGCUGAUGAAGCUACCAGGCAGGAGGAAGACCACAGAGAAGAUUCAUGGAUCUAGUAAAGGAGGGCACACAGAGGGAUAGUAGUGAUACGAUGAGAUGGAGGCAUGAUUCUCUGUGGCGACCCCUAAAGGGAGCAAUAAAAUUAUGUCACAAUAAAAUUACACAAGUAAAGCUUGCAGUACCUCACUAUAAUCCACUAGAUGCUGCUAACGUGUAGUAGUAGAAGUGUAUUAAAUAGCAUGGAGCUGGAUGUACUAUGGCAAAAGUGAAGACUGCAAUGCAGUUAACAAUGACCUGCCACCUUAAGCUCUGCAGGUGAUAAAUUAACACUGUGAUAACAAGAGAUUAAUGUCCAAGACAAAAUCUUGCACAUUUGUACCAGUCAAAGUUCACUUUAUGCAAUCAACUGCACAUGAAGACGUGAUCCACACCCUGGGAAUACUUCACCAUCACAUUUCAACUCAUUUCAUGCUGCUCGAACACCAUCGUCCCUAAGUUGAUGUGCUGUUUUUAGGGCUACUAUUUACAAAAUGUCAAAAAAUUUGAAAAACAUCCUGGAGGAAUGGAAAGGUCUGGAAGAAGAGUAUCAGCAACUUCAGGAGACACACAGAAUGUAUUUAAAGAAACUGGAUGAACUUUCCAAACUGCAAAACAGCUGCUCUUCCUCUAUCUCCCAUCAGAGGAAAAGACUGAAUGAGAUAUCCCAACUGGUGAAAAAAUCCAGCAAAGGACCGUCAGAAGAAGAUGCCAAGAUUCUGGAUGAAAUGAAAGAGAAAAUCAAGAACCGACCAAAUGCUUUCUUUCAGAUGGAGGCUUUCCUUCCCAAGAAAAACGGACUUUACCUCAGUCUGGUUCUUGGAAAUGUGAAUGUCACGCUUUUCAACAAGCAGUCAAAAUUUGCUUACAAAGAUGAAUACGAGAAGUUCAAGCUGUACCUCACAGUCAUUCUGCUGCUGUUCUCCUUCAUUUCCUAUUUCUUUGUGAGCUACAGAUUUUCCGACGUAAUCCUCAAUUUUCUGCUGGUGUGGUACUAUUGUACCUUAACUAUCAGGGAGAGCAUCCUCAUCACCAAUGGCUCCAGAAUCAAAGGUUGGUGGGUUUUUCAUCACUACAUAUCAGCGGUUUUGUCUGGUGUAAUGCUGACUUGGCCAGAGGGAAACCUGUACUACAUAUUCAGGAACCAGUUCCUCGCCUACUCUCUGUAUCAAAGCUUCGUUCAGUGUCUGCAGUGCUAUUAUCAGAGCGGAUGUCUGUACAGACUGCGAGCCCUGGGAGAAAGACACAACAUGGAUCUGACUGUUGAGGGAUUUCAGUCCUGGAUGUGGAAAGGGCUGACGUUUCUUUUACCCUUCCUGUUUUUUGGUCAUUUCUGGCAGCUCUUCAACGGGCUGUCUCUGUUCAGAAUGGCUCAGCUCCCAGAGUGUAAAGAAUGGCAGGUUUCAGUGUGUGGGCUCUGCUUCCUUAUUCUCUUCGCGGGAAACUUCUUCACCACUGUCGCAGUUGUUCGUCAGAAGCUAAAGAGCAGGAAUCAGAAGCCAAAGAGCCUGUGAUGCAGGAAAUGUAGCAACCAACAUAAAUGCUCAUGUUAUUAACACAGACUAGACUUAUUACAAGUGUAUUGCCUACAAUAUCCAGUGCAUAAAUUGUAUUUUGUAAAAUGACUAAUCACUCGCAGUUAAAUGUUCAGUUAUGACCCACAUCACUUACAUGUUCAGAGACAAGCGUCGCUCUCCAAUAAAGUCAUUAUUUUACAGAUUUUCUGCAAAUUUGUUUGUAGCCCUUAAUGUUAUUUUCAGAACUUCAGCUAUAUUUUAUGUUUACUGUUAUAAUGAGUAAUGAUUGUUAUAUUUUAUUUCUCUAUGUGUUAAACUAAUGAUUAGCAAACAAUACAGCCUGGGCUAAAAAGAAAAAAUCAGUGUUUUUUCCAUUUCAUGUUUUAUUUUUAAUGCUCAUUCGGUGUCAUCACACUUAUUAAUAAACAACAACAUGGACUGAA